AUGGACAAGUUCCAGAUGAUCUUCCAGUUCUUGCAGUCUAACCAGGAGUCCUUCAUGAACGGCAUCUGCGGCAUCCUGGUCCUGGCCAGCGCCCAGAUAUACUCUGCCUUUGACUUCAACUGCCCCUGCCUGCCGGGCUACAAUGCGGCCUACAGCGCGGGCAUCCUGCUGGCCCCACCGCUGGUGCUCUUCCUGCUGGGCCUGGUGCUCAACAACAAUGUGUCCAUGUUGGCCGAGGAGUGGAAGCGACCACCGGGCCGUCGCGCCAAGGACCCCGCCGUGUUGCGCUACAUGUUCUGCUCCAUGGCCCAGCGCGCCCUCAUCGCGCCCGUCGUCUGGGUGGCCUUCACCCUGCUCAACGGCAAGUGCUUCCUCUGUGCCUUCUGCACUGCCGUGCCCGUGACUACACUAGGCAAUGGCAGCCUGGCCCCAGGCCUGCCCACACCCGAGCUCGCCCGCCUGCUGGCCAGGGUGCCCUGCCCCGAGAUCUACGACGUGGACUGGCUGUUGGCGCGAGAGGUGGCCAUGCGCUAUCUACCCCCUCAUGAAUGGGAGGACAGGAACCUGGGGGUGUCAGAGGAGGAUGUGGGGGACUGGACCUGCCUGCAGGAGCUUGAAGAGCAUGUUUGCAAUGCCCUGGGCUGGUCCUUCGUGCUGCUGACCACGCUGCUGGUCUUCGCCAUGCGCUCCAUGCGGCCCUGCUUCACACAGGCGGCCUUCCUCAAGAGCAAGUACUGGUCCCACUACAUCGACAUCGAGCGAAAGCUCUUUGAUGAGACGUGCAUGGAGCAUGCCAAGGCCUUCGCCAAUGGACCCAGCAGCGGUGGCGGCCCAGCCAGCCCCGACGGGGCCAAGGAGGAGAGGGAGAAGCUACGGGGCAUCACGGACCAGGGCGCCGUCAACAGGCUGCUCACCAGCUGGCACAAAUGCAAACCACCGCUGAGCCUGGGCCAGGACGAGCCACUAAUGGGCAACGCCUAG